AUGACGUCACACGCCCCCUCCAUGAGUCCAACAUGGCGGCUGCCAUGGAGCUGAGAUGCUGGGGAGGAGACUGGGGUUUACCUUCUGUCCACACCGAGUCCCUCAUAGUUCUGGCAUACUCAAAGUUUGCUGGGGCAAAAGUCACAGUUUCUCCUAUAGACUGGACAUGGAAGACUCUAACAGCAACAGUCCCAGAGCUGCUGUGUGGAGAUGCUGCAAUUCAAGAACCAACACAAAUACUCAACUUCCUGAGGAAACAGAGGUUUAACGCAGACUUUGAGCUGACAGCCAGACAGGGAGCAGACACCAUGGCGUACAUCGCCCUGCUUGAAGAGAAACUGCGACCAGCUCUGUUGCACACAUUCUGGGUGGAUGCAGAAAACUACGCCAACCUGACACGGCCAUGGUUUGCUUCACAUUCACCGUUCCCUCUUAAUUUUCUUGUCCCUUGUCGCCAUGCCAACGCCGCCCUCUCCCGCAUCCUUUUAACCAAAGGAGAGGCACCUCUACACAGAAUCACUGAGGUUGAGGGAAAGAUCUACAGUGAUGCUAAAGAGUGCCUGAACCUCCUCUCGUACAGACUGGGAACAGCAAACUACUUCUUUGACAACUCGCCGACCAGUCUGGAUGCCUAUGUCUUUGGUUUCGUGGCUCCCCUCAUUAAAGCCAAUCUUCCCAGCAGCCCUUUGCAGAGCCACCUCAAACAGCUGGAUAACCUCACGUGCUUCUGUGACACCAUCCUCGCGGUGUACUUCAGCUCAGACCACCCUUGUCCCCCCCCACCUGUUCAGGAAACAAUGGAUGCAAACCUGCAGAAACUAACUCAGCUUGUAAACAAAGAGUCCAACUUAAUAGAAAAGAUGGAUGAUAAUCUUCGCAGCAGCCCUCAGCACAAACCGCACAGACCAGACCCCAAACCCAGUCUGUUCAGUGAGAAGAACUCCUCCCCUGCCUGACCCUUCACCUUGCAGCCCCGAUCCAGCCUUAUGAAUCCACAAGGAACAGCCCAUAGAUGAAAGGUGCUGCUCUGACUCAACGUCCUGAAAUAAAAAAAAAAUCUUACAGAACUGAUCUGCAGCUUCUGCAGCAUGAAAGGAAAAUAACUUAAUAAUUAAUGAAAGUAUGACUAUAUAACUAUAAAAAGACUUUUUAAGGCAGGAUAAUGAUGAAAGUUUUCACAGAUGUUCAUAUGAAAGAGAAGGAAAGUGCUUGUGUGAGGUCUUUAAAAAGGUUUAGUGCAUGUAUGUGGUAAAGAUGGAAUGCUAUGAAGUGGUGCUCAAUGAGAAAGACACAGACAACUGAGGGGGAAAAGAAAUCUACUAAGAGUUGAAUAUUGAGAACACUAAAAUUGAAAUUCCUAAGUUAAACAGACAUUGGUUGCUGAGUAGAAUGGGACUAGAGCACCUUAUUUCACCAUUGAAGUAAUCUAAAGUUACUCUAGUUUAUAGAUCUGUGUUUUAUCAUGCAGGAUGAGCAGACAUGAAUCCUAAUAUCUACUGUAAAAUCUUCUGCACUGUUAAUACGAAUAGCAUUUGAAGUAGAUGAUAAUGUACAGUAUGUAUGCAGUCAGACUAUAGGAAUAACCAAUUACCUGUAUAGUUGUAAAUACUUCCGAGUGUCCUCUAAUGGAGUCGAUCAGCUUGUUCACAAUCAUUGCUUAAGCCUCGAACUCCAGAUAAUAUCCGGAUGUUAUCUGGACUUUGCUUUCACAUAUAAGGAACGCAGCAGGAGAUUGACCAGGUCAGGUGCGUUCAGAAAACAUUAAAAUCUCCACAGUGUUUAGGUGAGCGUUGGCUUCUGGGUAGAUCACACGGGGACGUAAUAUAUAAAUUCUGCUGCAUGUUUUUGUUUAUGUCACUUUAAUCUGCCCUUAAUAUCAAAAGCUCUUGAAUCCCGUUGUCUUUCCAAGUUGACAUGCCUCUUUAUCAUCCUGAGAUUUUUCUAUUCUUUUACCUUAGUUCAGUGACGCGACUGUCCCGUGUUCACUUGCGCGUGCUCAAUUCUCCGGACAUUUUCCUACUGCAUUCUCACACUGGCUCACUCGGACAUUCUCCGGAUAUUUAACUCGAGAGGCUGGCAGGAAAAACUCCAGAGAAUGUCCGGAGCAACUGUCUCGGAUAUUUGUUUUUCACAUACAGCCCCUCUGGAUAAUUUCCAGAGAAUAUGUGGAGUUUAGUGCAAGUCUGAACGCAGCUUUAGAUACACUGAGGCAAUAGAAGGGCUUUACACACUGUAUAAAUGUGUGUGUGUGUGUGUGUGUGUGUGUGUGUGUGUGUGUGUGUGUGUGUGUGUGUGUGUGAGAAGAACCACUGUGUCUUUCAUGUUUAUUGUGUGAGAUAUUCUGAGUCAUUAACAAUCCACUCACUUCUGUUGUUGCCAUCACUUUUUUAAGACCAUCUUUUAAGCUUUUUUUAUUUUGCUGUGUUAUUAUUUGUUACUCCUGUUUAACAAACAUUCUGCUUGAAAUGAAGCGUCUGUCCCGUUUGGGAAAGUCUCAUUAGCUGCCUUCUGUUUUCCCUCAUUAUUACCGUCUGAUUAUCUAGAUUGGACUGUACAAUGAGUUGCCUGUUUUUCUUUGCAUGUCAUGUUCCUACAUGUCCUCGCAGCUCAUAUCAUUACUGAGUCUACUCUGUGCGUGUUUCCUUCAUGAUCUGUGUCCCAGUUUUAAAUGUUGAUACUCAAAAAGAUAUUUGGCUUUUGCAGCUUCUCGAAAAUACUUCAUGGACACGUUCCCCUCUAAAGCUCCAUAUUCUGAAACAUAAGAGUUACAUUAGUGUGUGAUUGUGUGCGUUUGUGUGUGCGUGCAUGCAUGCAUUGGUUGCAGAGGCUUGUGAGGAUCGUAUGGGUGCAGUGUGCCUUCAUGACUGCUGGUGUCAACAUGCUGACCUUCACUGUUUUGAUACAUUGCCAUAAGUUAUAUCUUUGUCAUUUCCGCUGCCGUUGUUCAUAAUCUGUUCAUGGAUGGAAACCAUAUCAUAUUAUUAUCUUAUUAAAAAUAUAAUAUAAAGUGAA